GCCAGAAAAAUUUGCAGAGAAAGCUAUGGAGGUCAGUGUUCUCCGACCAAUCGCCAUCGCCGGAAAACCUACGCUUCCGCUUCUCCGACCAAAAACUCUCCCUCUACUUCGUCUCUCGCUUCCGCUUUCACUUCCCCAUCUCUCUUCUUCGACCCGUCGUCUCAUUUCUCCCUUGUUAUUCGCUGCACAGGAGAGUAACCUAAGUGUCUCAAAUGAAAGUGAUACGAUUGAGUGGCAGAUGCAAGAUUUUUAUACAUUGAGGAAAGAUGUUGAAGUAGCAUCAGCUCGUGUUGAAGAGAUUAGAGCUUCUUCUGGUUUACAGCAAAUAGAAAAUGAAAUAUCAAUUUUGGAGUCAAAAGCUACUGAUACCUCAUUUUGGGAUGAUCGUGCUAAAGCUCAAGAAACUCUCUCCGCUUUGAACGAUCUCAAAGAUCGGUCACGGUUGCUUUCUGAGUUCAAGUCCAUGGUUGAAGAUGCGGAAACAAUUGUUAAACUAACUGAAGAGAUGGACUCUACUGAUGUUAGCUUACUUGAAGAGGCAAUGGGAAUCAUCAAAGAGUUGAAUAAAUCUCUAGAUCGAUUCGAGCUAACGCAGCUUCUAUCAGGACCUUAUGACCAAGAAGGCGCAGUAGUGUAUAUUACAGCUGGAGCCGGAGGAACAGAUGCUCAGGAUUGGGCCGAUAUGCUCCUUAGGAUGUAUAUGAGAUGGGGAGAGAAGCAACGGUACAAGACGAAUGUUGUUGAAAUGUCGGCUGGAGAAGAAGCAGGGAUCAAGUCAGCGACACUUGAAAUCGAAGGGCGUUAUGCAUAUGGUUACCUUUCAGGGGAGAAAGGAACUCAUAGGAUUGUUAGACAAUCACCGUUCAAUUCCAAAGGCCUUCGCCAGACAAGCUUUUCUGGUGUGGAAGUGAUGCCGCUCCUGCCUGAGGAAGCAGUAGGAGUUGAAAUACCAGAGGAGGACCUUGAGAUUACUUUCACGAGGGCAGGUGGAAAAGGAGGACAGAAUGUCAACAAGGUCGAGACCGCUGUUCGGAUUACUCACAUCCCUACUGGUGUUGCAGUCCGUUGCUCAGAGGAGAGAAGUCAAUCGGCGAACAAGACGAGAGGACUGAGCCGACUAAAAGCAAAACUGUUGGUGAUCGCGGAGGAGCAACGUGCGACUGAGAUCAAGGAGAUAAGAGGAGAUGUAGUGAAAGCUGAGUGGGGACAGCAGAUCAGGAACUACGUGUUUCAUCCGUACAAACUGGUUAAGGAUGUCCGAACAAGUCAUGAGACUUCUGAUAUCACAUCUGUAAUGGAUGGUGACUUGGACCCUUUCAUCAAAGCUUACCUCAAGCAUAAGUAUAGCUUAGCCAUGGCUUCUGCUGUUGCUAAUUAGAAAUGCUUAUAGUCUUUCUUCCUUUUUGCUUAUCUCAUUAGAUAGAAUCAUUUUCUCCUAAUGCGAGUAAAAAUUUGUUUGCAUUUGUUACAAUAAUGGUAAAUCCAUAAUGUAAACAAAGUAAAUUAGUAUCUCCUCAUAAUAAGUUUA